AUGACAGUUAGUUGCAAUGCAAGUACCCCCACGUUUAAACGUGAUAUGAAGAAAAAUGGUAUCAUUAAUAAAUUAUCUGGCGCCCAAGAUUUAAUCAAAAGAUUGAAAGAGAUGAAGAGCUUCUGUUUAGUUGUAAUUGAUUUCUCAGGUUUAACUACUAAUAUGGACAGUUUAAUUGAUGUAAUGAGGAAACUACAAUAUAUUGCUUUUUAA